GUGUCCGUGUCUGUUUUCCAGCUCUAUUUAAGCAGCAGCUUGAUCAAACAUCCUUUACUUCAUUGACUUUUACCAGACGAGCUGCUCUUAAGAAGCUGUUCAUCAGACUACAGUCGAUUAUACCCAAUUUCCUCAGAGAUGGCCCAACCAACAUCAGUAGUGAUAAUUGGUGGUAAAGGAGGUGGUCCAUUUUUAUUUAUUGAUGAAAAAAAUGGUGCCAGUUUAGAGAAGAUCUGGGUUUGGGUGGGAGGAUGGCAGAUCAAGGCUGUCAGGGCUUGGCUUUCAGAUGGUAGAGAUACAACCUUCGGAGUACCAUCUGGAUCACAUCAAGAGUAUGUGUUUUCACCUGGAGAGUGUUUCACCUCACUGUCCCUCUGGGAUAAUGGAGAAGGAACACGUCUUGGAGCCAUCAAAUUCAAGACCAACAUGGGUGGACAUUUUUUUGCAAAGAUGACAAAUGUUUUAAAACAAGAAUAUCCCAUUGAUGUCGGCUCUGGAUUUUGUAUGGGUAUUGAGGGAAGAUGUGGUUCAGACAUCGACUGCAUGGGGUUCAAGUUUCUCAAUGCCGUUCAGUCAGCAGUUCUUACCAAUGUCAACUAUCCCACCAUCAACCAGCUGAUCCCAAAGGUGGCCGUGGAAGAGAUCAAGUCCAUCUUUUAUGAGAACAAAACAUCUGCUAAUCAACAGCACAUAAUUGACGCCUCAAAGAAAGUGAUCAAAAAAUCUGCAUGGUCUAAGAGCAACAGCUUAACAUCAACAUUCUGUGUGGAGGUGAAGGCUGGGGUUCCAGUUGUUAAAGUAGUUCCUACGGGAUUCAGUAUCAGUGUUGGAGCUGAAAACACCUCCGUUGUGGAAAAGAUUGAAGAGGGAAUUGAAGUUCUGGCUACCCCUGUAGACGUCCCACCGCAGAUGAAGGCGACUGUUGACGUCACCAUUGGCAGAGCUGAUUUUGACCUGCCGUACACUGGCACAGUGAAGAUCACUUGCAAGAAUGGCAGUGUGUUACAGUACGAAACCAAGGGCCAAUGCAAAGGCAUCACUUACACUGAUUUGAUCAUGAACAUUCAAGAAACAGAUCUGUAAUGUCAAGACAAAUUGCUCUUGGC